UGGUCCGGCCACACCCUGCCUGUCUCCCGCAGCGAUGUCGGAGGCCAGGCCGGUCGGCAGCCUCUUCGUCAGGACGCUCCUGUACCAGCAGAUGCCCGGGCCGCGGCCGGCAGCGGGGCUUUUCCCCACCCCCGAGCCCGUGGGGGCCGAGGGCUGGGACCCCGUGGACUGUCUCCAGGGCAGCAACCGGGUAGCCCUGUGGCUGGUGUGCAUUGGAGACGAAAUGGACCGGCGUCUCCGAAGGCCUCGCCUGGCCCAGCUCCCGGGGACGGCUGUGCACAGCCUGGCGCGGACCUACAGCCGGAUGGGCGUCCGGGGACUGCUCCGCUGCUUCCUCCGCGGGGUCACCCGCCUGAGCGCGCACAUCAGGGCCUGGAGGCUCCCCUGCCCCCGCCUCUGGGCGCCCGCUGACCGGGCCUGGGGGCCGGUGCUGCCCGCGGUGCUGCCGGCCGUGCUGCUGCUGCUGCUCCGCGGAGCCCUGCGCCGGCUGCUCCAGUGA